ACACGCUGCGCGGCCGCCGCGGGCCGGGGUUCUGGAACCGCCGCCGAGUCUGGCGCUCUGAGCAGAGCGCGGCCAUGGGGAUCCUGGAGAAGAUAUCUGAGAUCGAGAAGGAGAUCGCUCGGACGCAGAAGAACAAGGCCACCGAAUAUCACCUGGGCUUGCUGAAAGCAAAACUGGCCAAGUAUCGGGCCCAGCUCCUGGAACCAUCCAAAUCGGCUUCAUCCAAAGGAGAGGGCUUCGAUGUCAUGAAGUCGGGCGACGCCCGUGUGGCACUGAUCGGAUUUCCCUCUGUGGGUAAGUCCACCUUCUUGAGCCUAAUGACCUCCACAGCCAGCGAAGCUGCAUCCUAUGAAUUCACCACCCUGACGUGUAUCCCCGGGGUCAUUGAGUACAAAGGAGCCAACAUCCAGCUCUUGGACCUUCCUGGAAUCAUCGAAGGCGCAGCACAAGGGAAAGGCCGUGGCCGGCAGGUGAUUGCUGUGGCACGCACAGCUGACGUCGUCAUCAUGAUGCUGGAUGCCACCAAGGGAGAGGGGCUUCCUUUGUUACAUGGAAGCUGCUCAGCCUGCCUCUGGGCACCUGUGAAGGCCAUGGGGGCUCUGCCCAGGUCUCUGCUGGAGAAGGAACUGGAGUCGGUGGGCAUCCGCCUCAACAAGCACAAGCCUAACAUCUACUUCAAGCCCAAGAAAGGCGGUGGCAUCUCCUUCAACUCGACAGUCACGCUGACCCAGUGCUCAGAGAAGCUGGUGCAGCUGAUCCUGCACGAGUACAAGAUCUUCAAUGCAGAAGUGCUCUUCCGAGAGGAUUGCUCCCCGGACGAGUUCAUCGACGUGAUCGUGGGCAACCGGGUGUACAUGCCCUGCUUGUAUGUUUAUAACAAAAUUGACCAGAUCUCAAUGGAAGAAGUGGAUCGCCUGGCCCGGAAACCCAACAGCGUGGUCAUCAGCUGUGGCAUGAAGCUGAACCUGGACUACUUGCUGGAAAUGCUUUGGGAAUACUUGGCUCUGACCUGCAUCUACACCAAGAAGAGAGGACAGAGGCCAGACUUCACAGACGCCAUCAUCCUCCGGAGAGGGGCCUCCGUGGAGCAUGUGUGCCACCGCAUCCACCGGUCGCUCGCCAGCCAGUUCAAGUACGCGCUGGUGUGGGGCACCAGCACCAAGUACAGCCCACAGCGGGUGGGCCUGACCCACACCAUGGAGCACGAAGACGUCAUCCAGAUUGUCAAGAAGUAGCCUGGGCCGGGCCAGGCCACCCACCUGUCUCCCUGGGGAGUCGGACCCAGUGGGACACACUGAAGCCCAAACAGGAAGAAUACAAAUACAUGUAUUCCAGGAAGGGGUCUCUUAAGUCUGCUUUUUCCGGAAAUCUCUUCAGUAGACAAAUGAUGAAGAGUGUGUGGGACUGAGGGAGAGGGCAGGGGCCUGAGGUUGGGCUGGAGGCCUUUCCCAUGAGACUAGCCCCUUGGGUGGGGCUUCUGAGUUUGGAACCCCUGCGCCCUGCACCUAGCCCUGGUUGGGCACAGAGAGAGCACGCUGCCCCCUUACUUCCCAGCCAGGGCCUGCCGGCUGCUCAGUGCUGGGGUGAGCCAGGCCUGCCAGGGUCCCGGGGGUGGUGUUACUGUAGGGGUACUUCGGCCCCUCCGCUCCUGCAGCUUCUCUGGCACCGAGGAAGGGGCCUCCCAGGGCAAAAACCCGUCCCCCUUUCUGUCCCCCGGCUGCCCAGUGAUGGAAAGCAGAGGUCAGUGGUUUUAAAGACCCAGUUCGUGCCCUCCACAGCCUGACAGGUCCUGGAGGGCCACCCCUCCCAGGGCAGCCCCGGCCUGUGCAGACACCUGGGGGACGGCGGGGUUUGGGCUAUUUUCUCUCUCAGCCCUCUGAUCUCGGCUCUCUCUGAAAUAAAGGAUGAGGACAGUU